AUGGCUCACUGUAUGAGAGUUUUGCAUGGCCAAGGUAGCAGGACGAGGGCUAUGCUCCUGGAUAUUCAACAAAGAUGCUUCAGCGUGUCUCCCCUCACCGCUGCAGCCGCUCAGGUUGCUAUGUCGAAAUUCGACAAAGCCCCACUGCCAUACGAGAAAUUGACAAAAAAUUUGGAAAUAGUAAAGAAGAGGUUAGGUCGAGAUAUGACCUUGUCGGAAAAGGUGCUCUAUUCUCAUCUGGAUGACCCCAAGGGACAGGACAUUGAGCGAGGCACCAGCUAUUUACGGCUCCGACCUGAUCGUGUGGCUAUGCAAGAUGCCACGGCACAAAUGGCCAUGUUACAAUUUAUUUCCUCUGGCUUACCACGCGUAGCAGUACCAUCUACUAUCCAUUGUGACCACUUAAUUGAGGCACAAGUUGGUGGUGACAAAGACUUGGCAAGAGCUAAGGACCUCAACAAAGAAGUAUACAAAUUCCUGGAAACCGCAGGUGCUAAAUACGGUGUAGGAUUCUGGAAACCAGGCUCUGGUAUUAUCCAUCAGAUCAUCUUGGAGAAUUAUGCUUUCCCUGGUUUGCUCAUGAUAGGCACAGACUCUCACACACCCAAUGGUGGAGGUCUGGGAGGACUUUGCAUAGGUGUUGGUGGUGCAGAUGCUGUUGACGUAAUGGCUGACAUUCCAUGGGAGCUGAAAUGCCCCAAGGUUAUUGGUGUUAGAUUGACUGGUCAGCUGAAAGGCUGGACAAGUCCAAAAGACGUGAUCCUGAAGGUAGCCGGUAUCUUAACCGUGAAAGGAGGUACUGGCGCUAUCGUAGAGUACCAUGGACCAGGUGUUGAUUCCAUCUCCUGUACCGGUAUGGCCACUAUCUGCAAUAUGGGAGCUGAAAUUGGUGCUACCACUAGUGUGUUCCCGUACAACUCCCGCAUGGAAGCGUACCUUAAAUCAACUGGACGCCACGAUAUCGCAGCCACCGCAAAUUCUUACAAACAUUUGCUGACACCUGACCCCAAGGCACCAUAUGACCAGCUUAUCGAAUUAGAUUUAUCAACUCUCGAACCCCAUGUAAACGGUCCCUUCACACCUGAUCUGGCCAACCCUAUCUCGAAGUUGGGUGAAGCAGCUAAAAAGAAUAAUUGGCCUGUGGACAUCCGAGUUGGUCUCAUUGGAUCUUGUACUAACUCCUCAUACGAAGACAUGGGUCGCUGUGCCAGCAUUGUUAAAGAGGCAAUAAGCCAUGGUCUGAAAUCCAAGAUUCCAUUCAACGUAACACCCGGCUCUGAGCAAGUUCGCGCCACCAUUGAGAGGGAUGGCAUUGCACAGACUCUAAGGGACUUUGGAGGCACUGUACUAGCAAACGCCUGCGGACCUUGCAUUGGACAAUGGGACCGUAGAGAUGUUAAGAAGGGCGAGAAGAAUACGAUCGUGACGUCAUACAACCGUAACUUCACCGGACGUAACGACGCGAACCCGGCCACGCACUGCUUCGUCACCAGCCCCGAGCUGGUCACCGCUUUGUCUAUUGCUGGUCGCCUGGACUUUAACCCACUGUCUGAUGAACUUACGGGCUCUGAUGGCAAGAAGUUCAAGCUGUCGGAUCCCUUCGGUGAUGAACUCCCUACAAAGGGCUUUGACCCUGGCCAGGACACCUACCAACACCCACCUGCUGAUGGCAAAAAGGUGAAUGUCGACGUUUCACCCACUUCCGACCGGCUGCAGCUCUUGGAACCGUUCGACAAGUGGAAUGGCAAGGACCUCACCGACAUGACAAUUCUCAUCAAAGUGAAGGGCAAGUGUACCACUGACCACAUCUCAGCGGCUGGACCCUGGCUCAAGUACAGAGGACAUCUCGACAACAUCUCUAACAAUAUGUUUAUCACCGCAACGAACGCGGAGAACGGCGAGCUGAACAAGGUGCGCAACCAGCUGACGGGCGAGUGGGGCCCGGUGCCGGCGACGGCGCGCGCGUACAAGGCGGCGGGCACGCCCUGGGUCGUGGUGGGCGACGAGAACUACGGCGAGGGCUCCAGCCGCGAGCACGCCGCGCUCGAGCCGCGCCACCUCGGCGGCCGCGCCAUCAUCGUCAAGUCCUUCGCCAGAAUCCACGAGACUAAUCUCAAGAAGCAAGGUCUGCUCCCCCUCACGUUCGCAAACCCGGCCGACUAUGACAAGAUCCGACCGGACGACAAAAUCUCGCUGCUUGGCCUUAAAGACCUCGCGCCUGGCAAGCCCGUCGAUUGCGAAAUCAAGCACAAAGAUGGUAGUGUGGAGCGCAUCAAACUUAAUCACUCGUUGAACGAACAACAAAUUUCCUGGUUCAAAGCUGGUUCAGCGCUGAACAGGAUGAAGGAAAUCGCUGCCGGCAAGUGA